AACUACAAAAAACCCCGAAAGUCCGAAACAAUAAUAGUAACAUGUGGAUAAUUGCGUAAUUUGACCAAUUUAUCCAAAGAAGACUAGGCUCAUUUUUUUAUUUUUUUUUUCUUAUUUUUUUUUAUGUUGAUAUGAGUACUUUUGUGUCGAGUCAUGUUAGGUUUAUUGUUGUGUGGUGUCGAGUUAAAUACUGCUAGCUCUACGAGACUACGAGUAAUCAAACGCCUCAAAUUCUUUUCCUAUUCCUAUUUCCUUCGUUUCGUACCAAACGAGCAGUAACACUGCAGUCUUAACUUCUAAGGACUCUUAACCCAGCAGAGUCUCACAUUCAAGUCUUCGUUUGAAAAUUUUCCCAGAAAUCUGAUGAACUCCAUUGUUGUCUGAAUAUCCACAAAAAUGGUGCCGAAAACUCGAUCAAAAGCAACAAAAUUACAACUAAUAUGGCCAUUCUUCUUCAUCUUCUUCAUCCAUUGCCUCGCCAUUUUUCUCUUCACUCGAGGGUUUCUUCUCACUCGCACUGAACUCCCUUACUACAGCAAUUGCUCCGAUGUUUCUCUCUCUCCUUGCUUCGAUUCUUCAUCAAUCCCUUCAUCUUCAUCUUCAUCUUCAUCUUCGUCUUCGUCUUCGUCUCAAGGGAGUAAUCAAACUUGUUGGACUAAACCGGUUGUUGAUCGUCUCGUCAUUAUCGUUUUCGACGCUUUGAGGUUUGAUUUUGUCGCGCCAAGUAGCUUUUUUCCAGAGAAGAAACCAUGGAUGGACAAGUUACAAGUAAUACAGAAGCUAGCAGCAGAGGCGGGGUCCACAGCUAGGAUUUUCAAAGCCAUUGCUGACCCUCCUACAACUAGUUUACAGCGUUUGAAGGGCUUGACAACUGGUGGACUGCCAACAUUCGUAGAUGUGGGCAAUAGCUUUGGUGCUCCUGCAAUUGUUGAGGAUAAUUUUAUUCAGCAGUUAGUGGAAAAUGGAAAGCGAGUUGUAAUGAUGGGUGAUGAUACAUGGCUGCAGCUGUUUCCUCACCAUUUUAAGAAAUCUUUUCCGUAUCCUUCAUUUAAUGUUAAAGAUCUGGAUACGGUUGACAAUGGGUGUAUUGAGCACUUGAUUCCAUCUCUUCAUGAUGAAAAUUGGGAUGUGCUGAUUGCGCACUUCCUGGGAGUGGAUCAUGCUGGGCACAUUUUUGGGGUCAAUACAAUGCCUAUGAUACAUAAGUUGGAGCAGUAUAACAGUAUAAUGGAGGAAGUUGUGGAAGCUUUAAAGAGCCAGUCAGGAGCAGGUGGUCUCCAUGAGAAUACUCUCUUGGUUGUGAUGGGUGAUCAUGGCCAAACAUUGAAUGGUGACCAUGGUGGUGGAAGCCCAGAGGAGGUCGAAACAUCAAUAUUUGCUAUGAGUUUCAAGAAUGGCACAUUUUCAUUGCCAUCUGAGCUUGAUUCUGUAUCUUGUGGAUUGAAUGUGGAUGCAAAGCCACUAUGUGUUGGCACCAUUGAGCAGCUUGAUUUUGCAGUAACUAUAUCGGCAAUGCUUGGUGUUCCUUUUCCUUUUGGAAGCAUUGGGCGUGUAAAUCCACAAUUUUAUUCUCUUGGCGCGGUGAAUUUUCUUUCUCAAGGUAUUCAGAUGGAAGUUUAUGAAAGUGACUCAGACAUAGUGAGAUGGAUGCAGCAUUAUGUUAAUGCCCUUUGCAUCAAUGCUUGGCAGGUGAAGAGAUAUAUUAAUGUGUACUCAGCAUCAUCUGUCAUUGGAUUCCCCUCUGAGGACUUGUUGCAUGCGGUAGACAUGUAUUCUCGAGCACAGGAGAACUGGCUGCAUGUUGUGAAAGGUUCACUGUCCGACAUGAAUGAAAGUUGUCCUUCAUCAUUCCCUGCUUUAAUGAGGCAGAUUGAUAUGUACGCACACUAUCUUGACAGUGUUAUUGGCCUUGCUCGCUCCAAAUGGACGGAGUUUAAUCUGAAACUUAUGGUGGUUGGCUUGAGCAUUCUUUUUCUGUCGCUUCUUGUACAAGUAUUUGCUAUCAAGAGAGUGAACACAUUUUAUGAGUCUUCUCUGUCUACCAGAUGCCCUGAGGCCUCUGUUGGUUUAGUUUUUUCAAUUUUUGCAGUCAUCAUAAGAGCUUGCAGCUUCCUUUCAAAUAGUUAUAUAUUGGAAGAAGGAAAAGUUGCCUUAUUUUUCUUGGGAACAUCUGUCAUCCUCGAGCUGCGCAAUUCAUUUAAUAAGGCACAGAUGCUAUUAGAAGCGGCUCUAUUAUUAUUGUUGGUCUCUGCACUCAGAUUUAUUAUGGAAUUUGGGCUGUCAAAGCAGGCUGGUAACUUAUCAAGUGUUGCUUCAAUGCUUGGGAAUGCCCAUGAUAAUUUGUUUUGGAUCUCUCUAUCUUCAAGUGUGUCUAUACUAGCUCUAUUAUUAUUAGCAUACCUGUUGCUCAAAUAUGUUUGCAACAACUCUUGUCAGUGGGUCCAAAAAUAUGUUAUUUUGGGAACCAUCUUGUGUUAUGCGCUCAUUGCAUUACACUGGAUCCUAGAUAGUGAACUUUUAAAUCUUCCUGUCACACUCCAGGACAUUGGAAAAAGUUACAUUCCUCGGGUAAUAUAUGCUGUUGGAAUUGCCCAAUUGGCGGCUUUAGUGAUUAAUCAGCUGUUUAUCAGAAAGAGGACCUUGUAUCAUCAAAACGACCUUGCUAGUAAGAUAAUUGCCAUGUUAAGUGCAUGGAGUUCUGCAAUCAUACUACUGUCAGGAAAGCAAGGAUCUGUUGUUGCUUUAACUUCUGUCGGUGCAGCAUUUUGCAUCAUGAGGUUGGAGAACGUAUGGCAAGUUGCUACAGAUGGCACUUCAAGCAAUGUUACUUUCUAUUCUCUUCCUACAACUCAGUGGAGCCUUCUUGCAGUUGCUCUUUUUUUCUGCAGCGGUCACUGGUGUGCAUUUGAUGGCCUUCGAUAUGGUGCUGCAUUUGUUGGAUUUGAUGAGUUCAUGCUUGUAAGACAAGCAAUUCUGCUGGCAAUUGACACGUUUGGUUUUUCUCUCCUGCUACCAAUUUUUGGUCUUCCUAUUCUAAUUUCUCAAAGACAUUCAAAUAAUCAGAAAAGGCAAAGCAAACUCUCCGUAUCGGCACAAUUAUCUCAAGUAUAUUUGAUGUAUGGAUGUAUGACUACAAGUUCAGUGGCCUGUAUGGUACUAUGUGUUACAAUACAAAGACGGCAUUUGAUGGUAUGGGGUUUAUUUGCCCCAAAGUAUGUGUUUGAUGUUGUGGGACUUCUCCUCACAGAUGUCCUUGUUUGUCUGGCAUCGCUUUACUAUAUUGACCCUGUAGAAGAUGACUCCAAACAGAAUUAACUUCUUAGAACUGUUGGAUCUUCAUGAAAUGCAAGUCGCCACGAUCGUUCCUCUUGACUAUUUUGUUCAUUCUUUCCAUACAUUUAGAUCAGUAGAAAUUAGCUCACAGAAAAUGACAUGGGAAUGUAUUUUAUUUAUUGUUUGGAAAAGAUGGCAACGUCAAUUGUUAGUUUGUAUUUCAAGGGGGCUUGAUUACAGUGAUAAUUUGUGAGUUGCCUUUGUGUCUGGUUUGAUAAUGUGAUACUAAGUAUAAUGUAUGGUUAGGUUGUUCUGUGUAGUUUGGCGGAAAUUGCUUAACCUAUCCUUGUAGAAGUUUAAAGUAGAAAUAUAAGGCUUGAUUUAACAUCGAUCAACA